UAUAUAGGGAGGGCUGGAGCCCCAGCUCCCCACUGCGCUGCCCAGAGGCCCCUGCCUGCCCUUGCCAGCCCCUGGGUCCCUGCAGUGCUGAAGCCAAACAUGGACGUCACCAUCCAGCACCCUUGGUUCAAGCGCGCUCUGGGGCCCUUCUACCCCAGCCGGCUGUUUGACCAGUUCUUCGGCGAGGGCCUCUUUGAGUACGACCUGCUGCCCUUCCUGUCCUCCACCAUCAGCCCCUACUACCGCCAGUCACUCUUUCGCACGGUGCUGGACUCUGGCAUCUCUGAGGUCCGAUCCGACCGGGACAAGUUUGUCAUCUUCCUCGACGUGAAGCACUUCUCUCCAGAGGACCUGACUGUGAAGGUGCUGGAGGACUUCGUGGAGAUCCAUGGCAAGCACAACGAGAGGCAGGAUGAUCACGGCUACAUUUCCCGGGAGUUCCACCGCCGCUACCGCCUGCCCUCCAACGUGGACCAGUCGGCGCUCUCCUGCUCCCUGUCAGCGGACGGCAUGCUGACCUUCUCGGGCCCCAAGGUCCAGUCGGGCCUGGACGCUGGCCACAGCGAGCGAGCCAUCCCCGUGUCCCGAGAGGAGAAGCCCAGCUCUGCGCCCUCAUCCUAAGCAGGCCCGCUUCGGCUGCCACCCCUGCGGCCCCGCCCCACCCUGGGGGCCCCAGAGAGGAGUGAUGUUUGUCUUCCUUGGCUUUCCUUUUUCUGUUUUCUCUUCAUCUUCUCAGACGGAGUGAGGGCUUGAGGGAGUGGGCCGGGGGCUCGGGCUCAGCUUAGGUGCUGCAGCUCCGGGGUGGCCCAGACCCCACACUGGCCAGUCAGUGGCGGUGACCGCAUCUCACACUUGUUCAGAGAGCAGCCUCGCCCCAGGGACGUAGGUGGCCUUCGCUUUGCUGGGAGCUCGGAGGACGGGGUGACCACACCCUGAGGACACCCCUUGCUGAGCACAUGGAGGCCCCUGGGCCUCAGGUCCAGGUGGGGCAUCUUGCUACCAAAGGCAGCCUCCCCCACAGCAGGCCCUGCCCACGCCUCCUGGGGCGCCGAGGUCUGCUGGGCCCAGGCCCCGUGUACCGGGCUCUCGGCAGCCUGCUCAUCUCAGCCCACCUUCCUCUGACCCCUUCUGUGUAGUACCGCUCUGGGGACGUGUCCCCCUGAGAAUGCACCGUGGCAGUCAAUAAAGAACAGGUGACC